AAUACACACACAAAAUGCAUACAGCCUGAUGGUUCAGUGUUCACACUAUCGGAGUGUGGACAGUACAGUAGCCUGUCUGACCAUGUGAACCAGCAGUCUGGAUGGCCAGUUGAUCCUGCUAGUGGUUGAUCCUGCUAGUGGACAACUAGACUAUAGCAGGUCUACUGAAGAACCAGAGGACUGAGUUGGAAUAAUAACGUGGAGGAGAUAGGAGAAAGACAUGGCAAACCUACUAUCUGGGAUACUCUUCUGUCUGUUGGUAGGACUCUCUCUCCAGGACAAUGAGAAGAAACUCAAGACAAAAAGAACGGUCCCAGAUGUGUUGAAACCAAAGACGUUCAAAGGCAGGGAAUACCAGUCCAACUGUACAGCUGAGACAGGGCCCCCCAGCCUGGUCCCUCUGUCCCCUGGGCUGGAUGUGAGGCUGGAGGACCCUGCAGCAGCCUACACCACGGGGCUCCUCAGCACCAGGCUCAUCCCCUCAGCCUAUCUCCUGGCCAUGGCAGUGGGCAUCCCCUCUAACGCUUUCAUCCUGGCCUUCCUGAGGCUCCGGGCCAGGUCCUACUCCAUGGCUGUCCUCUACCUGAGCUUGGCCCUCUCCGACCUGCUCCUUCUGCUCUCCCUGGCCCUCCGCAUCCACUACCACCUCAACGGAAACAACUGGGUGUUCGGCGAGGUGGCCUGUCGCAUCGUCACCGCCUGUUUCUACUGCAACGUCUACUGCUCUGCCCACACCAUCGCGUGCAUCAGCCUCAAGCGCUACCUGGCUGUGGUGAGGCCCUUCCUCUACAGUCGGCUGCCCAAGAAGGCCUGGACGCUGGGGGCAAGCCUGGGCAUGUGGGGCCUGUUUGGAGCAGCUGUGGUACCAGAGCUCCUGGUGAGGCAGAGCUUCUUGCUGCCCCGUAUGGGCCUCAUCACCUGCCAUGACAUACUGCCCCUGGAGGAGGAUUCCCAUGCCCUGCUGGUGCCCUACAGGCUGACACUGGUCUGCUUAGGGUUCCUCGUGCCAUUUGUGACCUGUGCCUGGACCCAUGUGGCGGUGGUGUGGCACCUGGUUCGCUCAGGCCUCGACUGGACACCCUUCAUCAGGCUGUCUGGACCCAUUCCUGUGUGUGCUCAUGUCCAGGACAACCGCCUCCAGACUACGCUUUGCUUCGCUCAGAAGGACACCUCAGAGACUUGCUGUUCCGGUGUAGAGACUCUCUCUCUGUGUGUGUGUGUGUGUGUGUGUGUGUGUGUGUGUGUGUGUGUGUGUGUGUGUGUGUGUGUGUGUGUGUGUGUGUGUGUGUGUGUGUGUGUGUGUGUGUGUGUGUGUGUGUGUGUGUGUGAGAGAAAGAAGGCCGAUUUAAAGCAAUGCUAUUCGAGUGAUAGACUGCUGCAGAGUUUUAAAACAGCUGCAAAAUAAUAAUAAUUUACAAUUAAAAAACAAGGUGACCCUCAAAAGCCAGAUGGAGUUGGGUAAAUUAGACACGCAUUCGGUCUUUAUAUUACUGUGGUAUAGGUUAUGCUGCAGCAAACGCAGGCCUACCUGUCACAAGAAAGAAAAAAAAAUAGUGACCAUAAUGAGAUGAUAGGUCUACUUGCAUUGUGUACUGCACUCCAUACUGAGAUGGGUCUGUCCCCACCCUAAGAGUUGAUUCAUCAUGCAGAGGUUGUAGUGAAGCCAGAUGUAGACAUUGCAUACAAUUUAACAGUUCCAUUUCAGACUAUGCUAUUCAUAAAAAUAUUUUAUUAUAAUUUACCGGUUUCUCGCAGUUAUUUAUCCUGGGAAAAGAGUUGUUUUGGGUGGGAAAUCCCGGUAAAUGGGUUCCGCCAUUCUUAUGACUGACUGCAUUUCACACUACUUCUGGAUUAUAAUUGGACUGUAAAGCUUGUAUGAAUGUCCUGCUUAAUAUAAUGUUUGUGUCAUCAUCACAAAAAUGGCACUUUGGCUAGCUUUGGUACAGUCUAUGUCAAUCAGUGUUAAUAUUCUAGUUAAUAACCUCUACAGGAUCGGUAUCCCUAUACUGGGAUGGUUGCUGCUAACGUGCAAUAACGUGACUAGAAUGACAUUGUAAGCAACAGCCAACUUUCCAGGACAUACAGUGCCUUGCAGAAGUAUUCAUCCCCUUGGCAUUUUUCCUAUUUUGUUGCAUUACAACCUGCAAUUUAAAUGGAU